GUUCAAAUUAAUAAUCUCCAAGUUACGACAGAUUGGUGUAACACAUGAUGUCCUGUUUGAGGAGCUCGGAGAGCAUCCUGUUACCUACGCCUCAGCUGACUUUGAUGUUACAACUCGAUCAUCAGCAGGAGCGUUGGAGUACACUGGUACUAAGA